AUGAAAGUUGAUGGCGUCUGGAAGCCAUGGGGCACGUGGAGCGCAUGCGGUCUAACUUGCGGGGGCGGCACGCGCAGUCGCCUGCGAGAAUGCGAGGGGCCAUAUUUUGGCGGCAAAGAGUGUGACGGAUCUGAAUCCGAAACAGAAGCCUGCAACGUUCAACAUUGUCCAGUUGACGGGUAUUUCAACGAAUGGGCUCCGUGGAGUGAGUGUGACGUCACGUGUAAUGGAGGUAUACGUUGGCGAAACAGAACGUGUAUUGGACCGCUGUAUGGUGGAAACGAUUGUGAAGGUCAAUGGAAUGAAACAGAGACCUGCAAUACUCAUAACUGUCCAGUUGAUGGAGUUUUCUCGGACUGGUCUGACUGGAGUGAGUGUAGUCUGACGUGUGGGGGCGGUAUCAAGUGGAGAAAUCGAACUUGUAUCGGACCGUUUUAUAACGGCGCGGAUUGUGAGGGCGCGUGGAAUGAAUCGACAUCCUGCAAUGAACAUAACUGUCCAGUUGAUGGGGUGUAUAAUGAUUGGUCUGAUUGGAGCACGUGCACGGUCACGUGUGGCGGUGGCACUCAGUGGCGUAGUCGCACGUGCGUUGGUCCUUUCUUUGGUGGUCUACCAUGUCAGGGCCCAGCCAAUGAAACACAAGAUUGCAUGAUGCAACCCUGUCCAAUUGACGGAGUUUACAAUGAUUGGUCCUCGUGGGACACGUGUACGGUCACGUGUGGGGGUGGCACCCAGUCAAGAAGUAGAACAUGCUCAAAGCCACAAUAUGGCGGCCGCGACUGUCAAGGACCUGUUGACGAUUGGCAGGAUUGCAAUACUCAGAAUUGUCCGGUUGAUGGAGUUUGGUAUUCCUGGUCGGCUUGGGGAACAUGUAACGCCACUUGUGGUGGUGGAACAAGGGAGAGAACUCGCGAAUGUGAAAAGCCAAAAUAUGGCGGCGCCGACUGUAUUGGAAACUCGUCAGAGUAUCUGAUUUGCAACGUGAAUGUUUGUCCAAUACCAGGAGACUGGUUCCCAUGGGAAUCAUGGCCGCUUUGUUCAGUUACUUGCGGCGGUGGAAAACGGCAACGACAGCGAGAGUGUGACAUGACGUCAUACGGUGAUCUCACUGCUCCCUGUGCCGGUGAUGCUAAAGAGAUUGAAGACUGUCACACAUUUUCAUGCACGCCGUAUGCUGCCACGUGCACAGAGUGGGGGAAGCGCGGACUGAAGGAGAACACGAUGGCGCACAUUGAUCCCUUCAAGAAACCCGAGACUCUCCAGCAGCCCAUACUCGUGUACUGUGACAUGGUGUCUGAGGACGGGAUAGGAGUCACUGUUAUAGGUCACGACCAGCAGGAGGAGGAAGAGGUGGUCGGUUACGAAGGCGCGGGAGAGUUCCAGAUGAUAAUCAACUACAACGUGACGCUGGAGGAAGCCAUUGCCAUUAUCGACAACUCCAAGUCGUGCAAGCAGUUCAUCAGCUGGAAGUGCAAGGCGGCGCUCAUCCACAACCCCAACAGUGACGUGCUGGGCAUGAUCACCACUGGCUGGAAGAACAGGACCAAUGAGUUGGUCGACUAUUUUGGGGGUGGCAGUCCUGGCAGCGGCAAUUGUGGGUGUGGCAUGACAGGUUCCUGCGUUGACCCGACCCUUGCGUGCAACUGUGACAUGAAUGAUGACGUCUGGAGAGAGGAUUCCGGCUACCUGACGUACAAGGAUGAUCUGCCUGUUGUUGAAUUUGUAGCAGGAGAUACAGGUGCUGAAGACGAGAUGGGCAAGGUGAGAGUGGGCAACGUGCUCUGCAUGGGCAUGGCGGUCUGA